AUGAGGGAGAUCGUGUACAUGCAGGCAGGCCAGUGUGGCAACCAGAUUGGCGCAAAGUUUUGGGAAAUUCUAAGCGAUGAACACAGUAUUGACUGCAUUGGCAGCUACCACGGAGAAAGCAACCUGCAGCUGCAGAGAAUCGAGGUGUACUUCAAUGAGGCAGCGGGUGAGUCUCUUGUUCCCGCAGGCAACAAGUAUGUCCCACGGGCCAUCAUGGUGGACCUAGAGCCCGGCACCUUGGACUCCGUGAGGUCAGGACCAUUUGGCCAGAUCUUCAGGCCAGACAACUUCAUAUUCGGCCAGAGCGGGGCAGGCAAUAACUGGGCCAAGGGCCACUACACAGAGGGAGCGGAGCUGGUGGACUCCGUCCUCGAUGUGGUGAGGAGGGAGUCGGAGAGGUGUGACUGUCUGCAGGGCUUCCAGCUGGCCCAUUCCCUGGGCGGUGGCACGGGCUCGGGCAUGGGCACCCUGCUCAUCAGCAAGAUCCGAGAGGAGUACCCCGACCGCAUCAUGAACACCUUCAGCGUCAUGCCCUCGCCCAAGGUGUCGGACACGGUGGUGGAGCCCUACAACGCCAUACUGUCUGUCCACCAGCUACUGGAAAAUGCGGAUGAAACCUUCUGCAUGGACAACGAGGCCCUGUACGACAUCUGCUUCCGCACCCUGAAGCUGCCCACCCCCACCUACGGCGACCUCAACCACCUGGUGUCGGCCACCAUGAGCGGGGUCACCACCUGCCUGCGCUUCCCGGGCCAGCUGAACGCAGACCUGCGCAAGCUGGCCGUCAACAUGGUGCCCUUCCCGCGCCUGCACUUCUUCAUGCCGGGCUUCGCCCCGCUCACCAGCAGGGCCAGCCAGCAGUACCGGGCGCUCACGGUGCCCGAGCUCACCCAGCAGAUGUUUUAUGCCAAGAACAUGAUGGUCGCCUGUGACCCCUGCCAAGGCCGCUACCUGACGGCAGCUGCCAUCUUCCGGGGCCGCAUGUCCAUGAAGGAGGUGGACGAGCAGAUGUUCAACAUGCAGAGCAAGAACAGCAGCUACUUCGUGGAGUGGAUCCCCAACAACGUGAAGACGGCCGUGUGCGACAUCCCCCCGCGCGGCCUCAAGAUGUCGGCCACCUUCAUCGGCAACAACACAGCCAUCCAGGAGCCCUUCAAGCGGGUCUCGGAGCAGUUCACCGCCAUGUUCCGGCGCAAGGCCUUCCUCCACUGGUACACCGGCGAGGGCAUGGACGAGAUGGAGUUCACCGAGGCCGAGAGCAACGUCUGCGACCUGGUGUCUGAGUACCAGCAGUACCAGGAGGCCACUGCGGACGAGCAGGGGGUGUUUGAAGAAGAGGACUUCGUGGAGGAAGAGGCUUAA